GUUCAGAGCUCUUUCCAUUUCUCUCCACUGAAUCUCUCUCUGCUAUUCCACCAUUGUAGAAAACCCCUUUCUCAUUUCUUUAGUUGGGUUUCUUUCUUUUAUUCUGCAAGCACUUGUCUCUGUUUUUUCUCGUUCUCUUUAACCAUUUCAAUAGAAAUCUCUUUCCAUCCUUAAAAAAAAAUCUUUUUUCUUUUCGGGUUUUUAUUCUGAGCAACAUUUCUUCCAUUUCACGAUGGAUAAGACCAAUUUCUUGUUCUUUUUUUCAUGUUGAAUUCCUGUAAUUCUACUCUAGAAUCGAAGUAAAAAUGCCUCAUUUUCUCUGUUUUUUCUUUGUUCUUGUUUGAAUCUUCUUUCUUUUAUUUCACCGUCGAAUUCAAUAUCUUUCUCUUCAACUCCUCUCUGAUUUUGUGUCUAUUCCAUCAAAGUUUAAUGGCUGUUUCUUCAAUUUGUCAUUGAAGUACCAUUUGAGCACUUUUGGACAUCCUUUUUCCGCUUCGCUUCGCUUUCGUCUUCUUCGUGUUUGCUUGAUUGCCCAAAUGGCGCUUUCUUCUCCUUUAAAAUUUGAUCUUUUCGUUUCCGCUCGACAUCUGCAAAACCCACCUUUAUAUCUCUCUUACAAACCUUCCAACUUCAUCUCCCUGGCAUCGCUCCAACCCCAUGAAGAGCUUUCUGCACCAUCAAUCUCCAAUUCCAAUCCUCUCUCAACCCUUUCCGCCUCUCCUGUCCUCCAAAUUCCACCAAAUUUCACACCAAAAGAUCUUCUUGGCGUCCUCCGUCGCCAAAAGGAUGCAGAAUCUGCUGUCAAAAUCUUCAAUUGGGCCUUAAAUCAGCCGCAUUUCAGACCCACUUCAUCCGUAUAUGAAGAAAUCCUUCAACAACUCGGUAAAGUGGGGCAUUUCAAUCAAAUGAAUCAUCUUUUACAAGAGAUGAAGCUCUCUGGCUGUGAAAUCAAAGCAGGUACUUUCCUUAUCUUCAUUGAAAGCUAUGCAAGAUUCGGAUUGUUCGAUGAAGCAGUGAAUGUGCUGACACUGAUGGAAGAAUUUGCAUUCAAACCAGACACGUUUACAUAUAACUUUCUGUUGAAUCUUCUUGUGGAUGAAAACAAGCUAAAACUGGUUGAGUCUGUGUAUUCCGAUAUGAAUAAUAGAGGAAUUAGACCCGAUGUUGCUACAUUCAAUAUCUUGAUCAAGGCAUUGUGUAAGGCGCACCAAAUCCAGUCCGCCAUUUUGAUGAUGGAGGAAAUGCCAAGCUAUGGUUUAUCACCUGAUGAGAAAACUUUCACGACCAUUAUGCAGGGUUUCAUUGAAGUAGGAAAUAUGGAAGGAGCGAUGAAAAUCAAAGAAAGAAUGAUCGAAUCCAGGUGCUCGGUGAGCAAUAUAACAGUUAAUGUUUUGAUUCAUGGGUUUUGUAAAGAAGGCAGAGUAGAGGAAGCAUUGAAUCUUGUACAAGAAAUGUUGGCUGUUGGAUUCCAUUCCGAUCAAUUCACUUUCAACAUAUUGAUUAAUGGUUUGUGCAAAGCGGGGCAUGCAAAGCAUGCAGUUGAAAUCUUGGAUGCAAUGCUUCAAGAGGGUUUCGAUCCCGAUAUAUUUACCUACAAUACAUUGAUUUCUGGACUGUGUAAAUCGGGGGAGAUUGAAGAGUCCAUGGAGGUUCUUGAUCAGAUGGUAUCAAGGGGUUGUUUUCCGAACAUGGUCACUUACAAUACUCUCAUCAGUGCAAUGUGCAAUGAAAAUCAGAUCGAAGAAGCUACGGAACUUGCUCGUGGUCUGUCGGUUAAAGGCCUUUUGCCGGAUGUUUGUACAUUCAAUUCUCUGAUAAGUGGCCUCUUCAAGGCCGGAGAUCAUAAGAUCGCAAUGGAGCUGUUUGAAGAGAUGAAGAGCAAUGGAGUUUUGCCAGAUGAGUUUACGUACAAUAUGCUGAUCGAAAAUCUAUGUUCUAAAGGAAGGGUUGGACAGGCCUUGGGGUUACUGAAGGAAAUGGAAUUGAGUGGCUGCCCGCGAAGCAUUGUGACGUAUAAUACCCUGAUUGAUGGUCUGUGCAAGAACAAGAGAGUCGGAGAAGCGGAAGAGAUCUUUGAUGAAAUGGAAUUGCAAGGGAUUUCGAGGAAUUUGGUGACAUAUAAUACUCUUAUAGAUGGUCUUUGCAAGAGUAAACGAGCAGAUGAAGCUGCUGAGCUUAUGGACCAGAUGAUCAUGGAGGGUUUGAAACCUGACAAGUUCACAUACAAUUCACUGCUUUCGUACUAUUGCCGAGCUGGAAACAUAAAGAAGGCAGCUGAUGUAAUCCAAUCCAUGACGUCGAAUGGAUGUGAACCAGAUACAGUCACGUAUGGGACUCUUAUCGGCGGUUUGUGCAGGGCAGGUAGAGUCGAGCUUGCAAAUAGGCUCCUAAGAACCAUACAAUCCAAAGGGAUGGUUCCAACUCCACAAGCUUAUAACCCUGUAAUUCAGGCAUUGUAUAAACAGCAAAGGACAAAGGAAGCUAUGAGGCUCUUUCGAGAGAUGAUAAAGGAAGGCAGCCCACCGGAUGCUAUCACAUACAAGAUUGUUUUCCGUGGCUUAUGUUCUGGGGGAGGACCGAUUGGAGAAGCAGUGGAUUUCCUAGUCGAGAUGACAGAAAAAGGAUUCUUGCCAGAAUUUUCAACAUUCUCUAUGCUUGCGGAGGGUCUGUGUGCCCUGGCCAUGGAUGACACGUUGAUCAGGCUUGUUGAGUUGGUCAUGAAGAAGGGGAACUUCUCUGCCAGCGAGAUGGCCAUGGUGAUGGGCUUUCUUAAGAUUCGUAAAUUUCAAGAUGGAAUAUCCACGUUUGGUCGUCUCCUUAAUAGCCGAAAACCCAAAAAGGUGUAUGGCUGAACAUGUGGGUUGCUUGAAGAGCAUUGCAGAAAAAGAAUUUACCUCUCAGAUAGGACAUGCUCCUUGUUCCUUGAAUAUAUAUGGCUCUGACAACAGAAGGAUAUGUAAGAUAAAUCAGCUAGAAGGUGAUCAAGAUUUCAUGGCACUGAAGAGAAGCAAUACAAAAGGUAACUUAUUUCAAUCUGUCAGAUGUGUUCAACUACAUUGUGGCUAGAAAAGGUUAUUUUCUGAAGGGUUAUUAGCUCACUGAGGUUGUGGUAUUUGCACUUUUGAUGGAGAGGCAUACAAACAUUCAUGAUGUUGAAUUUUCAUGGUGGCGUGAUUUCUUACAUGAAGAAGUACACUUGCUGCCACCAGUUGCAUUAGAGAGGUUGUAAUGUCCCAAAGUACGAGUUAUAAUUUCUGAUUACUUUCAAUGACAUGAAAUUCUGCUCUUUUUCAUCAA